UCUCUCUCUGUGUGGUGACUUUCGCUGAGUUCCUCUGCUUUUAAGUGGGAACACAGAGACCUGAGGGACGUUAACGGUUGACUGUGGCGUUCAAAUACUGAACCAUUAGUUUUUGCAUUCUUAUUCUUUCUUAUAAAUAUUUUGUUAUCCGUAUUUUGUCCUUAUGCAUAUAGUUAAUUCGGUUCGGUUUCUUUAAUCUGUAGUCCUUAUGUGUAGCUUUUGGUUCUUGUUUGUUUCCGGGGGAAAAACGUUAUUAAAUUCGCUGAAGCUGAGCUUAAAUACAGUCUGAAGUACAGAAUUAGGGCUUCCUGAACUGGAUUUGGAGCUUUCCACUUCAAUCAAAACUAGUUUUUGUUGAAGGGCAUGUGGAUUUUGGCGCCAUUUUGCUGCAAAAGGUUAUCUGGAGAAUGCUGUGAAUGGUUAUGAGCUCUGCAUCAAUUCAACCUUUCACCUCGAGAAGGAUGGGCAUAUAUAAUCCGUUCCAACAAGUUAGCUUGUGGGGAGACACCUUCAAAGGUGAUAGUAGCCCAAAUACAGGUGCUUCAACAGUUCUACAGGUGGAUGCUGGAAUGCACAACAAGUCUGAAAUUAUUUCUCAAGAAUCAAUGGGACCUUCCAGAAAUGAUGAAGGAAGCAAUUCUGCUGAUAAGGUAAAGAGACGCCUGGCACAAAAUCGUGAAGCAGCUCGUAAAAGUCGUUUGCGGAAAAAGGCCUAUGUGCAACAGUUAGAAACAAGUCGUUUGAAGCUGGCACAACUGGAGCAGGAACUUGAGAAAGCUAGGAAGCAGGGUAUGUACGGACAAAGUGCACUAGAUACCAGUCAUGGAGGAUUUUCUGGAAAUGUAAACUCAGGCAUUGCUGCAUUUGAGAUGGAAUAUGCACACUGGGUUGAAGAGCAAAAUAGACAGAUUUGUGAACUGAGAAGUGCAUUGCAAGCUCAUAUAACUGAAAUAGAACUUCGUAUGCUUGUAGAGAGUGGCUUGAACCAUUAUCAUAGUCUUUUUCGUAUGAAAGCAGAUGCUGCAAAGGCUGAUGUAUUUUAUUUGAUGUCCGGUGUGUGGAGAACAUCUACAGAACGCUUUUUUCUUUGGAUUGGAGGAUUCCGCCCAUCAGAGCUUCUCAACAUUAUCAGGCCACAACUUGAGCCUAUGACUGAUCAACAAGUUCUGAAUGUAUGCAACCUCCGACAGUCAUCUCAGCAAGCAGAAGACGCCCUCUCACAAGGAAUGGAAAAACUCCAGCAGAGUCUGGCCCAGAGCAUAGGAAUUGAAUCAGUAAUUGCAGGUAAUUAUGGAUCACAGAUGGCUGCCGAAAUGGAGAAGUUGGAAGCACUAGAGGGAUUUGUGAACCAGGCAGAUCAUCUUCGGCAUCAAACUCUGCAGCAAAUGUCUCGCAUCCUAACAACCCACCAAACAGCUCGAGGCUUGCUCGCCUUGGGGGAGUACUUUCAUCGUCUUCGUGCUCUCAGUUCACUUUGGGCUGCUCGUCCUCGUGAACCUGCAUAGUGUAGCUAGCACCUCUAGAAUCACCUAAUUUAGGUAACACUACAUAUAGGUUGUUGUUGCCACCCUCAGCUGCAAAGGGAAUGAAUAUCGCACUUUUUGUUUCAAAUCAGUUUCUAUAACCUGAUAGGGUGUAAAUAUAAUUUUCAAGGUUGUGUAUCAAGUAGAUUAUAUGAAAUCCGAGUUUCCCUA